AUGCGCUUUGAAAAUCAGACGACGGUGAGUACGAUGAUGUGCCAGGUGUGCGGGGCGGAUGGAGCAGAGCCACAUUUUGGAGGAGUUUCUUUCGAAAACUGGGGAGAAGUGGAUGUAAAGAGGAAGCGUCUUUACGGAGACAGCGUUUUCAACUUAAACUUUACACAGUUUUCGAAUAUCACCAAACCUGAUACGUUGCUUCUUUGGGAUCUAGCCGUCAAGAUAUUUCCAGAUAUAAAACUUUUAAGUGGAUCUGACAAGCAAGCGAUCCUGUGCAACUUCUUUCCACGGUGGAUGAUGCUGGAUUCAGCAAUUGGAUUUUGUACAAGUUAUGAAGAAUCUUCUAAAUAUAUUGCAUCUAAAGACUAUACGGAUAUGUUACUACACUUCUACGGGACCUCAAUGCCACUGGAAAAACGAUUGAAGGACAAAGAAAUCAUUCAAAUUUUCAAACCUUACUGGGAUUUUCAUUAUUUUGAGACGGCCGUUCCUAUAUAUUUCAAAAAACUUGACAAGAUCGAGUACAUGGCAAUCUUUCUUCUGCUGCUCCUAGAUGAUGCGUACGCAAACAUAAGCGAAGAAGGAGCAACACUGUGUCGAAACAUACGAAAAGUGGUUAAACGAGAGCUGAAUGGAUAUCAAACUGACAACAAUUGUUCGGAGAUGCGCUUUAUUAGUGUAAUGGAUGUACUGCUGAUUUUGGAGAAGGCUGAGGAGAAAAUACAGGAAGAAGUCCUGAUUUGCGGGUUGAAUAAUGUCACUUUACAUGACGAUUUUAAAACGAUCUUUCAAGUUAAAAAGUUGUGA